AUGUUCUUAAGGUUCGAGCCCACAAAGUCGACGAAAGGCGCCAGCAAGAUGCGCCGCGAUCUCAUCAACGCAGAGAUAUCUAACCUCAGAGACUUGCUCCCUCUACCCCCGUCGACUAGACAGAGGUUAUCGCAGCUACAGUUGAUGGCCCUCGUGUGUGUUUAUGUGAGGAAAAUGAAUUAUUUUCAGCAAGUGUUCAAAAGUCACGAUUUCAGUUAUCAGUACCAAGAGCAAGCAACUCCUACACCUAAUAUUGGAUUUUCAAAGGCAAUGAACGGUUUUAUGAUGAUGAUGACACAGAACGGCAAGCUGUUGUAUAUAUCGGAAAAUGCAGCGGAAUAUUUAGGGCAUUCGAUGGAGGAUCUUCUAAUACACGGAGACAGCGUUUAUGAUAUAAUAGACAGACAAGACCAUCAAAUGGUGCAAUUAGAACUAAAUAAAGGCUGCAACGGAGAGACUGAAAACAUACCAAAGACUAGGCAUUUCUUUUGUAGGAUGAACGUGUCUAGAAAUGCUAGACGGCAAAUGAGAUUUGGUGACCAAAAAGUAGUAUUAGUAAGGGGCCAUUACGUGUCGUAUUUACCAUUGUGCAGUAGAAAUGAACCAGUGUUCCUAGCAUCAUGCACUCCCCUGGCUAUGCCUGAGACAAGAGAAUGCGUAGUUCAUGGCGCCACUAACGUGUUUACGACUAUACAUGCAAUGGACAUGAAAAUUUUACAUAUAGAUGCUAAUGGUGAAUGGUAUUUAGGCUGGAAGAAAACAGAUUUAGCAGAUGUAUCAUGGUACCAAAUUCUUCAUUGGGAAAGCUUACGAGAAGCUCAAACUAAACAUAAAUUAAUAACUCAAUCAGAUCAAGAUAAAUGCUGUAUUCUUCUUGUAAAACUUCAACAAAGAAGCGGACAGUUCUUAUGGGUGCAUGUUGUUUUACAAGUAAAGGAUGCUGCUGAUACGCCAAGACAAUUUAUCGUUGCUACAAAUCAGGUUUUAAGUGAGGAAGAAGCAUCAAUAAUGCUCGCAAACUCUUGGUUAUACCAAUACUAUGGAUACCAGAACCAGCCUUGUGGCAUGUUAGAUCCUCGAUGUCAAAAGUUUUUCCGACGAGAGCCAAUUUAUCCUGACCCCUACCAAGAAUACCAAUAUGUAGAGAAUUCAGAGAUCGAUUACACUGGUUACCAAAUGACACAAUAUAUUCAAAAAACAGACGAGUAUGGAUGCGAGAGAGUUUACACGGAGAGAGGACCAGUCGAUUAUUCUACACAUUCGCCACAAUCUACGAUAAGUGAAGAAAGGUCACCCCUACACUACGACGCUCCAGAUAUAGUGGUCAACAGCAAUAUGUACAUGUACCCUAUGCACGGCAAGCGGGAAUACUAUGAGCAGUAUCCUCAUGUAAAUUAUAAUAUACAAGAACCAUGUUCGAGUCUUGAUGGUAUUGAAUAUCCUUCCGCCAAAAGAAUGAGGGUAGGACCAGCACCACUGAGCAUAGAGGGGACAGACGGGAUGGACCGAUGGAACCCCAGUCCUCCCUGGUCGGACACCCUCAAAAUGAACGACUACAGUCAAAGAUUCACUUACAACAUGUUACCUAUACCUGAAAGGGCUAUGGUCACU